ACGCUUUCCAAAGUCUGCAGUCAAAACAUCGCCAUUUUCUAAGUACAUCAUUCUUGAUUUACUUGUGCGUUUGGGCGAAAGUGUUUUAAUAUCUUAGAAAAAAGUAGGAAAAACCCCUUUUCCCACAUUUAUUUGUUUUAUUUUUUAAAACAAAUUCGAUUUUUAUUCCAUUGAGACAUUGAGUACGAAUACCACAUAAAAUAUGGGCGAUUAUUACGGCAAUUAUGGAAACAACGGUAGCGGUGGCGGUGGUGCACCAGCACCCAAUUUUUCCGUGCCUCCGCCAAGCUUCAAUAAAGGAUCCGGAAACAAUUAUGGACCACCACCUCAGACUGGCAAUAAUUACGGGCCACCACCUCCACAGCAAGGCAAUUGGGGUCCGCCAAAUCCAUCAUCACGUAGCGACGACAAUUCCGGUGGAUACGGAGGCGGCUUCCAGAAUCGCAACAGCCAAGGCCGUGGUGGCGGCAGUUUCGGAAACAGUCAACGCAAUGAUAGCUACGGUGACCGCAAAAAUAAUUUCAGCGGCGGCGGUGGCAACAAGAGUGGUUAUAAUAAAGGAUAUGAUAGUGCUGGCAGUGGCAGUGGCGGUGGUGGUGGCAACGAUAACAUGAUCGUCCAAGAAGAUACCAUUUUUGUGAGUGGAAUGAGUCCACAAACAACGGAAGAUGAUAUCAAUGGUCAUUUCGGUGCAAUUGGUAUUAUCAAGAAAGAUAAAAAGACGAUGAAGCCAAAGAUUUGGCUGUAUCGCAACAAAGAAACCGGAGAGUCGAAAGGUGAAGCCACAAUUACCUAUGACGAUGCAAACGCAGCCAAAUCCGCCAUCUCGUGGUUUGACAACAAAGAUUUCAACGGAGCUGUCAUUCACGUUUCGUUGGCACAACGUCAAAAUAAUUGGCAGAAAGGAGGUAGCGGUGGCGGCGGUGGCGGUGGUCGUUUUGGUGGCGGCCGUGGUGGUGGCCCACCAGGUGGUGGUAGAGAUGGUGGAAAUCGCGGAGGCGGAUUCAAUCGAGAUGGCGACAACCGACGAGGCCCAGGAAACUCAGGUGGAAGUGGCGGCGGAGGCGGUGGCGGUGGCCGUAAUCAGCGCGAUGGUGACUGGACAUGCGGCAGUUGUAACAAUACAAACUUCGCAUGGAGAAACGAGUGCAAUAGAUGCAAGGAACCAAAAUCAGGAGCAGGAGCUGGAGCUGGAGCUGGGGCUGGAGCUGGAGCAGGAGCAGGAGGUGGUGGUUUCCGCGGUGGUAACAGUUUCCAACGAAGAGAUGGACCAAUGCGCGGUGGCAACGAUCGAGGCAAUGACCGAAGUCGGCCAUACUAAAACAAAUACGAUAAAAAACACUUUGAUCUUAUGACAGAGAUUAACCAUUAACCACAUAUUACUAACGUUCUCCCCUUUUUUUGGAAAAUCAAUAAACAAUGUAUUAUGAGAAUUAAGUAUCAUGAUAGUUUCACAAA